AUGUCCGUCCCAUCAGGAAACUAUAUGAUUGAGAGCGCCGACUCGAAAGGGAAGUUUCUGACCGUGGAAAAUAUGAAUAUCUCUCUCCACUCAGAAGACUCCCACAGCGUGCAAGUCUGGAAACUCGCGGUCAGCGGGGGCAAUUGGGUAAAAUUCCAAGGCGUACCACCUGAUGCAAAGAAAGGAAAAUUUAUUUGUGCUGACAUACCGACGUACACAUUGGUUUACAGUGAUGACAGCGCACUACAGGACUUUCAGCUGGAGAACGACGCCAAUGAUACUUACCGUGCUGCCCUCAGGGUGACGUUUGAGUAUUAUGAACAAGGUCUAUACUGGCAGAUCGUCAAUGAGAAAUCUCUCUCGCUCACCAACAACCUGACUUACGCAGCGAGAUGGAAGUUGACGCAGUGUUCGAAGUGA